AUGAACAAAUUUGGGAUCAUAUUGUGGCUUGCAGGGAUUGCUUAUAUCCGGUGUGGUGAGGAGCCUAAACCACCAACCGUCAAGCCCACCAAACCCGCUCCACCCCCCAAGUGCGAUGGCGGUUGGAAAAAGUUUGGAGACAAGUGCUACAAGAAGACGUCUCUUGCCCCUGCGAUCGAAUGUGAGGCCGGUUGGACGGCUGCCCAGCAUGACCAAAUGUGCUAUAAGGGGAGCAGCGACCUACGAAACUUCAUCGAGGCCAAGGACUACUGUGUCAAAGAAGGUGGUACCAUGGCUUGUGCGUCGACGCCGGUUGAGAACGCAUUUUUAUUCAACUACAUGGCGGAACAGAAGUAUCUGGCUGUUUGGAUUGGGGGAUCGCUGGACAUGAAAGACAAAUGGAGCUGGCUUGACGACUCGGAGUGGGGGAUGGCGGCCUGGGUCGAUGGGAAGGCACCCGACACUAAGACGAGUCGCUGUCUGCAGCUGCAUGGCAAGAGCGCAUCCAUAAAGCCGAACUGGCGACGGUAUUGGACAGGCGAAAAUUGUGAAAACGCGAAAACGGCAGUUGUAUGCAAGAAGAAACCCAAUAAGGUCACUCCAGCAGAUUUGGAUAGGAAGCUGCAUGCCGGCAAGAAG